AAGAACAGAAUAAAAGGAAGUGUUCUUCACUUGCAGUCUGGUCCCAGGAGGGUGGGAGUCUCUUGGGGAAAGGAGGACAGACCUGCACUUCUGGGAGAAUGGGAGAAGUUGGGCGGAUAGUGGUGUUUGUGAUGACUUUCAUCAGCUGCAACGCCCUCCUGGAUCUGUCCAGUGUCCACCAGGUCACAGGCACAUGGAUGGGAGCCACCACUGUACCAUGUACUUAUGUGCCUUCAGAAGACUUCACACAGCAAACGCUCAGCUGGAGCGUGGAGGGGGACUCCAGCACCUCCACCAUCUUCCAGAGGGACGACUCUGGUGACCACAUCCUGCUCUCUAAAUUCCGAGGCCGAGUCAGUGUCCCAAAGCACAACCCAGGGGAUGCCUCACUCCUCAUUCAGAACCUUGAAAUGCCUGACAGUGGACACUACACUUGUCAAAUCAUCUGGAGGUCUAGAGAUAACAGCUUGAUAACAAGAGAGGUGACCACUACAGUUAAAGUUGUCAAAGUGGCAGCCACCAAGCCCAUCAUCAGAGCUGCGGAGCCGGGGCUGACGCUGCCGGCCGGAGCCAGCACCAGCCUGAGCUGCGAGGCCGGCGGCUCCCCUCCCAUCAGCUACCGCUGGUUCCGGAGCGGCCCGGCGGGCACAGCCGAGCUCCUGAGCAGCGGCGCUGAGCUGGCCUGGCCCAGCCUGCGGCCCUCGGACAGCGGCACGUACUUCUGCGAGGCACAAAACAGGGCUGGGGCCGGCGCCGUGCAGCGCAGCGAUGCUGUGCACCUGACGGUCACAGCUCUGCCCACAACAACAGCAGCCGUGCGGAGGAGUGUGGGAACCACGGGGGGACACCACUCAACCACCAGUCAGGCAGGCAGUAGUGACAUGGAGCACAGAGUGACAGAUCCAGUACCAACAACACGUGUCUCCAGGAUGGAUACUGCUCCUGUGGGGCCUUUCACCGGCACAGGUUCCCCGCCGCUCGCCCUGUCCCCGCUGCUGUACGGGCUGCCGGCCGCGCUGGGCGGCGCCGCGCUGGGCGCGCUGCUGGCGGCGGCGCUGGGUUGCUGGCGGCGGCGGCGGAGGAAGGACGAACCUCUUUAUGAAGUUGCUUUCCGCAGAACUGCAGAUGUCGCCCUGCUGCACCCUGAGGUGGAAGCCCCUGUUAAGUGCCUACAGGAGGAAACAUGCUCUGGCACUGAAAAGACCACCAUGAAAGACAGGAAAAGCCCUGAGUAUGAGAACCUUGUGACUGCAAUGGAAUCUCAAUAUGAAUCAGAAGGAAUUUUGUAAAGUACCAGCUUUUCCAUAUGAGCAGCCAUGCAGGGCUGCAGGUACUGAAUAGUGAGCUCAGCAGAAGGAAACUCUUCCUCCUGUUGUCCCUCUGUUUUGCUCUCACUGCUUGCUUUAACCCAGAGGAGCUGCAUAACCUUUUGGUCUUUGGUAGACCAGGCCCUGCCUGCAGGAGCAGAAACCCUCAGCCAACUCUACCCACUUCUAUAGAACAAAUUGUUUCUGAGCAACCUGAAGGACCCAGGGCAGGAAGAAAGGAUCUGAAGGAGCGAGAACAUUAAAUUCUUUAGCCUGUAAAUCCAGGAGUAGUUGAUGCCAUGCUGCCAGUCACUAACACUAGCAAGGGAUACUCUCCAAUGUGUGUUCCUGUUAAGACAUCCCAGGCUGCAAGGAGCCCGGAUUGUGCUGGAAAUGGAUGUCCUCUGGAUUUUGCAGCUCAGCAAAUACUGGUUGUACAUCCUGCCUGUGCUUGAGUCUUUUCUUUUUUUUUUUUUUUUUUUUUUGUCGUCGUCGUUGUUGUUGUUGUUGUUGUUGCAGCAUGUUAAAGGGACCACAGAGGGGAGGUUGAUGUCCCAGGAAUGCCAUUUUUGCUAUCAGACUGGAGCUCAGUGCUCAGAGAGAGAGGGAAUGAGUCCCUGAACUGUCACCCACUAGUUUUCUCCUGAAAAACAAGAAUUGAUGUUGAAGGAAAUGCUGGCAUUUAAUUUUUACAGUAUGGGGGCCAGAGGCAUGAUAAAACAGACAGAAAUUUUAGGCAUUUGGAUAGUGAUUAAGGGAUCUUUCUGAAUACAACAGGCUGACACCAAUUUACUCUGGGGGAUGUAAGUCAAUAUGUGUGAUUACUAAUGCUGGCCUGUUGUGCAACAUGGACGCAAUUCCUGCCUUCAGCUGCAGUGCAUUCCCUACAGUACACUGUCACUCAGCAGCCUGAUUUGCCUUGUCACUGUUAAUUAUUUGCAUCUUGCCUGGACUGCAGUACUGCUGUCACUUCUGUUCUCUGUCUGUGCCUCCAGCCAGCAUCCUUUUGUCCUCCAGGGACUUGGCAAGGAGGAGGAAUGCCUCCUGGCUUUAGCAAAUCAAAUUUGUAAUAAUUGCUGGCUUUUUUAAUAUCAGUGGGUGCUGCAAGGAAAGCAUGGGGGAGCAGCUGAGCUUAAGUCACACACACCUUCCUGCUUGGCCCUGACUUCACCCACAAGGCUCAUCUCUGCUGCCAUGAAUCAUCUCUGUUUGGGUCAGCAGCCCAACAGCAGGGUCACUUUGCUGUUUGUGGCCUGAGUGCUGUGUAGAGCCACACUUUUACCUUUACAACUCUGAACUGCAGGAUGUGAGCUGGGAAAGAUCAGAUAAAAAAAAAAAAUCUCCUGCCUAUAUUGUGAGGGCUUCUCAAGCACAGUGACAGCCAUGCAGGGAGGGCUGUGCUGGCUGCCACGCUGCACUCCAGGGAGGCAGACAGGAUCCAGUCUGUCCCUGUGGGACUCAUGGCAGCCAGCCCUGAAGAUCCCAUGCUGCAGAAGCUGCUGGCAUCAGCAGUUCCAGGGGUGGUGCAGAACAAAGGAGUUGAGGGGAAUGGAGAGCUGCAGCUGUGCUCAUGCAGGGCAGUACCAUAUGGUGCAAGGUCAAUACUGGGUGAGAAGGGAACUGAAAAUUUCUCAGCUUCCCCAUCCUUACCUCAGCAAAUCUAGAUCCAAAACACAUGACAUGGCACUCUCCUUUCCCCCCCAAAUAUCAUCCUCAUUCAUUUUCAAUUAGCUUGGUAUUUUGUGCAAGUUUUCCUGCUGUUAAAAGCUCUGAGCUUCAGGUUCACUCAUUGACUAUGUAACACCAUGGUUUUUCCAUCUUGUGAUUCCUCCCAGCACUCAUCUGCUCUGACAAGGUUUGGACACCUUCCUCAGACGACACAAAGCCUGGGAGAAGCUACAGAGAAAGAAGUCAACAGGAGUUAAGAAAGGGGGAGCAGAUGGACCAGCCCCCAUGUACUCCAUGUUGUCACUCCUCUAGUUAGGGCAGCAACAGGACUUUGGUCACAAGUAGCAGAAGAGUGGGAACAUUAGAAGCCUGUCUCCAGUCCUGAGGUGUUUCUCCCUGGGUAACAAGUGUGUGAUUAUUUCUUUAUUUUACUUUAGCAUGUUUUCCAUGUUUCUAGUAAAACCUGUUGCCAACAGAA